GAAAUGCCCACCUGGACCUUUGAUGCAGCAGCUUGUCAUCCGCACGGACCGCGGCACAGCACCCUGCGCCAGGGCUACAAUGCAGGGAUGCGUGAAGCCUUCGUUGCCGGAACGAGGCUGUCAGCACUGCAGCUGCUUGCAACCGCUUUUUGUUUGUCCAUUUGGCUGGUGCCGAAGGUUGGCCUCUUGCAGGCUCCCAUUCCAGGAGAGACUUCGACGUCAGCUGUGGACUCUGCAGAUGGAGUGCCCCAGUCUGCCAGUCAUUGCACAGGCGUGUGGAGCGCAGGGCUGAACAAGCUGAAGACAGGCAAAAGGCUCAGGGACUGGCGGCAGCUUCGCGCCGCCCUUGCGGGCACUGCCAGAAAGGAUCAAGGAUGGCUCCGUGACUUGCGCGGUGCACACGUUUUGGCACUGUCGCAGGAUGAGGCGCCAGCGGGCUUGCGUGCAGCAGCCGAAGCUGUCAUGCUCGACCAAUUCGAGGGUACAGCUCCCAAGGAGCCCUUGGUCAUGUCACACCGCCUGGGUGAUAGCGGCUUCAACAGAGUCCUAUUUGCUGCGUGGCGGGCCAACACCCAGCUCCUCGUGGCCGCCUUGCCUUGCGGGGCGGCAACCUACAAGUUCAUGGAGGGCAUUGCUGCAGACAAUGGCUGCAGUUGCAUCGUCCUGCAAAGCCUCCCCGACGCAGAUGCGGUGGGGUUUUGGCGUGCCGGAGGCUUCAAGGUGGCAUCGUCUGCCGGUCAAGCAGAUCGACACAAGCUUCUCCGCAUGUUCUGGCUGUUUGUGGAUGAGGAUCAGGGGGUUGAGGCCCUGAUGCGAGAGGCACUGCUGAGGGAGAACCAUCCAACCGCUUUGUUCGAGCGACUGGCAAUGAGUUUGAUGGGAGAGAACUUUUACUUGGACAACUGGUUUAUGUUCGCAAAGGUCCCCUUGAACGCCAAAAAUUUGAUGCCGCCGCAGCGCCAGCUUUGUGCUGGAUGGCAGUUCGAUUCAGGACCAUUGUCAUUCGAGAACGUGUGCUACGUGCUCGAUUACGAAAGUGUUAGGUGGUCGUAUUGCCAUCGGAUGGCGGCAAGCUCUGGAUGGUGGGACCUAGAUGAAGUCAAAGAG